AUGGGGGCCAACUCCGAGGAGCCAUCUGCGAAGACGCAUAUUGCCUCGUCUCGACACUCAUCUUCGACAGAAGUCUCAGAAACACAUGAUCAAGUCGAAGCACUAGCCCGCCGUAUCACGGCUCAGUCGGCCAGACUCGACCAUGGAACAGCAAACAGCGCCCUCAACCCUGUCAAGGGUAGCAAUUUGGAUCCCUUCUCGGCGGAUUUCGACAGAACCCUCUGGACCCAGGCCUACAUACGCGAAUUUGAGGCCGACCCUGACACGGCGCCCCCACGCAAGGCCGGCGUGGCGUUCCGUAACUUGGGCGUCUUUGGCCACACCUCGGGCGACCAGUACCAGCAGAGCACCGGCAACAUCCUUCUCAGCCUGACCUCGACUCUUGCCGGGAAGGUCACUGGUCGUGCAGCUACUCGUGUAGAUAUCUUGCAAGGGUUCGACGGCAUCGUUGAUCCCAAGGAGAUGCUACUUGUCCUCGGCCCCCCAGGCUCAGGAUGCUCGACCUUUCUCAAAACCUUGUCAGGGCGUACCGACGGACUCAACAUCACAGAGGACUCAUACAUCAACUUUACAGGCAUCGACCCAAGCCACAUGCACAAUUGGUUCCGGGGCGAUGUGCUCUACAACGCCGAGGUUGACGUUCACCUCGCGCCCCUCUCCGUUGGCGACACUCUCGAAUUCGCAGCGCGCGCUCGCGUUCCUGCCAAGAUCCCCGGCGGCUUCAACAAGAAUGAGUACGCCCGUAUCAUGCGCGACGUCAUCAUGGCCACUUUUGGCAUUUCCCACACCAUUGACACAAAGGUCGGCGAUGAUAUCGUUCGAGGUGUUUCUGGAGGCGAGCGCAAGCGCGUCAGCAUCGCAGAGGCAUGCCUCACGGGCGCCAAGUUUCAAUGCUGGGACAACAGCACCCGUGGCCUAGAUAGCGCCAACGCCAUCUCCUUCUGCAAGACCCUGCGCGUUCAGGCAGACAUUAUGAAUGUGGCUGCUGUCGUUGCCAUCUACCAGGCGCCCCAGGCGGCUUACGAGGUGAGUCCAAGGUCCUUCAUUCUGGAAGAGCGACGUGAGCUGACAGUCCAGACCUUUGACAAAGUCACCGUGCUGUACGAGGGCCGUCAGAUCUACUUUGGCCGUACUGAAAAUGCGAAACAUUACUUUGAGCAAUUGGGCUUCGAAUGCCCUGACAGGCAGACCACCGCCGAUUUCCUAACAUCCAUGACGUCGCCACAUGAACGUCGCAUCAGGGCGGGAUGCGAGCAAAUGGUCCCAAACACUCCUGACGAGUUCGCCGCCAGGUGGCGUGAUUCGCAGGAACGUGCCGCUCUCAUUACUGAGCUCGACCAAUACGAUGCCGCGCAUCCUCAACAACAGCGCAUGGAUGAGUUCACGUUCAGCCGAAAGGUCGAGCGCAGUUCGGUACAACGACUCAAAUCGCCCUAUACCAUUCCCUACUUCGACCAGGUCAUGCUCUGUAUCUGGCGUGGAUGGAAGCGCCUUAUUGCGGAUCCCGGAUUUACCGUGGCACAGCUCGGCUUCAACUUGAUCAUGGGUCUUGUCUUGGGUAGUGCAUUCUACAACCUCUCCGGCGAUACAAGCAGUUUCUAUCCCCGCGGCGCUGUUGUGUUUUUUGCACUCUUGUUCAAUGCUUUUGCCAGCGAGCUCGAGGUCCUCACCCUAUACAUCCAGAGACCCGUUGUCGAGAAGCACAAUCGAUAUGCUUUCUAUCAUCAGUCUGCCGAAGCAAUUUCGAGUUACGUUCUUGAACUUCCCUACAAGGUUACUAAUGCUAUCUUGUUUAAUACGAUUGUUUACUUCCUCGCCAAUCUCCGCCGCGAACCUGGAGCAUUCUUCUUCUUCGUUUUCACGGUAUUCCUCAUUCUCCUCAUCAUGUCGGGCGUAUACCGUACCAUGGCCUCGAUCGCACGCACAUCCGACCAGGCGUUGGUGCCGGUUGCUCUCAUCACCAUGGGCGUCAUGGUCUACACUGGUUUCACAAUCCCUGUAGACUAUAUGCCCGGCUGGUCGAGGUGGAUGAACUACAUCAACCCUCUUGCCUACGGCUUUGAGGCUCUCCUGGCGAAUGAAUACCACGGACGCGAAUUUCCCUGUGCAAGCAUCGCGCCUGCUGGUCCCGGCUACGAUGACCUUCCCCUGGCUAACCGAACCUGCACUGUCGUUGGCGCAGUUCCCGGCGAUCCCAUGGUAUCCGGCGACCGCUAUAUUGAGAUCAGCUUCGGGUACUACCAUGCCCACAAGUGGAGGAACAUCGGUAUCCUUUUCGGCUUCUUGAUCUUCUUCUUCUGCACCUACAUCUUCGCUGCUGAGUACGCCAAGCCUCCUGUCAACAAGGGUGAGGUUCUUCUGUAUCGUCGAGGCAAACUCCCUGCAUUUUCCAAGAAACCCGGACAGAAGGACGAGGAGAGCCAGACGCCUUCGCGGCCCAUCUCUGAAAAGCCUGCGGCUGAGGCGAAAACCGACAAGCUAGAGAAGGAGAAGAGGCCCAGCCCGAGCACUUGUGGAAAGCCCAUUUUCCAUUGGGAAGACGUCUGCUAUGAUGUCAAGAUCAAAGGCAAUGACCGUCGCAUUCUUGACCACGUCGACGGAUGGGUGCAGCCUGGCGUGGUCACCGCCUUGAUGGGCUCGUCUGGAGCGGGAAAGACCACCCUCCUAGAUGCUCUCGCCACUCGUGUCACGAUGGAAGCUCUGGAGUUCAGUGCAAUCUUGCGUCAGAGCGCUGAGAUUCCUCGUGCCGAGAAACUUGCGUACGUCGACGAAGUGAUCAAGACCCUGGAGAUGGAGGCCUUUGUCGACGCUGUCAUUGGUGUGCCCGGCGAGGGCCUGAAUGUGGAACAGCGCAAGCGGUUGACGAUCGGCGUCGAGUUGGCUGCCCGUCCUCAGCUGCUUGUCUUCCUUGACGAACCGACCUCCGGUCUCGACUCUCAGACAUCUUGGGCCAUCUGCGACCUCAUUGAACGACUGGCAAAGAGUGGUCAGGCUGUCCUCUGCACCAUCCACCAGCCGUCUGCCAUGCUCUUCUCGCGCUUUGACAGACUUCUUCUACUGCAACCAGGCGGAAAAACUGUCUACUUUGGAGACAUUGGUGCUGGCUCCCGUACGAUGAUUGAUUACCUCGAGAGAAAUGGCGCGCCGCCUUGCCCUCCAGCCGAGAACCCGGCGGAGUGGAUGCUGAAGGUCACGCUUCCUUCGACUGACGGACCCGAUUGGUUUAGCAUCUGGCACAACUCCCCCGAGUAUCGCGAGACCAAGGCUGAGCUACAGCGUCUGCGAGACGGAAACACCCCGGUCGAGCGCAGCGCUGCGCAAGAUUUGGCCUCGCAACACAACGAAUUCGUCGCCUCGUUCUGGACCCAGUUCCGCGAGGUCCUGCUCCGCGUGUUUAAGCAUUUCUGGAGGUCACCAUCCUACCUGUGGUCGAAGAUUGCUGUCACAGGUCUCCUUGCUCUCUAUAUCGGAUUCAGCUUCACAUCCAGCAAUAGUCUUCAAGGCCUCCAGAAUCAGCUCUACGCGUUCUUCAUGGCUUUCCUCAUUUUCAACCCCUUCAACAAGCAGAUCAUGCCCAUGUUUGUACCGCAGCGUGCGCUUUACGAAGUUCGCGAGCGCCCUUCCAAAAUCUACCGCUGGUCUGCCUUCAUGCUCUCCAAUGUUGUCGUCGAGUUCGUUUGGAACACCGCCGCCGCCGCUCUCUUCUUUUUCUGCUGGUAUUAUCCCGCUGGCUUCUUCAAAAACACCACCUCAGACGACGUCACAAUUCGUGGCUUCACCACGUUCCUCUUCAUUUGGCAGCUCUUCCUCUGGAUCUCGACCGUCUCGCAGUUCGUCAUCGCUGCCAUUGAGCACGCUGACCUGGCCAGCGUGCCCGCAGCGCUCAUCUGCAUCUUGGCCCUCAGCUUUUGCGGCAUCGGCACCGUGCGCUCGACCCUCCCUGCGAUCUGGGCCGAUUUCAUGUACCGCGUCAGUCCCAUGACCUACCUCGCCAGCGGCGCGCUGUCCACCGCUCUCCACGGAGCCAAGGUUGUCUGUAGGCCCGAAGAGAUUGUGCGCAUCCCUGCCCAGGCGGCCAUGAGCUGCGCCGAGUUCCUGGAACCAUACAGUCAGCGCUUCAGUGGAUACCUCGUUGAUGUCAGCGACGAGACCGUGUGCGGAUGGUGCCCGAUGAGCACGACCGACGACUACCUUGCCACCUUCGAGAUCAGCUUCGGCGACCGAUGGAGGAACUUUGGCAUUGGGUGGGCAUUCAUUCUCUUCAACAUUGUGGCGGCCUGCGGCCUGUACUGGCUGUUCCGCGUGCCCCGGGGGCAGGGUAUCAAGAGGAAGUAA